GCAAAAUGUCGGUUGGUACUACCGUUACUGCACCUGUUCAGUUAUGUCGAAGAUUGUUUGGCGAACCCGUAUCACGUAUACGAAUUCAGCAAACUUUGGAGACGAUUAUACACAAAGAUUUCGAUCGUUUCCAAAGUAAAUGGAAUUUCAAGCCGUCAAACAUCUUACCAGAGAAGAAAAUUCGUAAACCUCUUUCCAUUCAUCAAUUACACAAUGGAAAUGUGCAGAAGCAUGAAACCAACGAAUUCAUCUUGGAACCUAUUCAGUCAGCUCCAAGCUUCUAUACCAGGCCUCCAAGAAAGCUGAAGGCAUUCCGACGUCUUCCAGUAUCAGUAGCACAAAAAACGCAUAUGGAACUUUUUAAAAAGAAUACACAAAGUGAAAUCGGGGAAUAUUCUUACACAGUUGUUUUAACGAAUAACUUUACUAAUAAUGAUGUGCUCAAUGAUAAUCAAAAGCCUAUCCCUAUGUGUGUAGAUACAACGACUGCUGUGUCACAUCCACCUCCAACAUCAUCAUCAACACCAUGUAAGAAGAAUAUUUCAUCAUCUUUGCCUUUGUCAUCAGCAAGUGUUGUCAAGUCAUCAGUAACAGCUGUUGCGCCAAUCAUAAUUCGCUCGGACAACAAGAAUCAUGGUUUAUUGGCCUCUAGCUCAAAUCCUCAACAUUCAACCAAACUGAUUAAAUCUGAUCGAUUAAGUUUAAAGAAGUCUGGACCUAAAGUGACAGAUUACUUCGCGGUUAAAAGACGACGGCAAUCAAUGAAAUGAUAAUUCCUUAAAUUAAAAGUAAGUUUCUUUAAAUCUACCUUUUUUUCUCAUGCAGAUAUUAUUUAUUCUUAUGGUGACAUAUUAUGUACUGAGUAAUAAAUGCCCGUAGAAUUCGAUACCAAGUAUAAAUUAGUUACUAGCAGGUAUGAUCCUAGUUCUACCGGUCAGUUGAACAGUUUUGUCUCUGAACUAAAUUAUAUUAUUAUCCAGAGCAUUUUAACUUCAGUUGUAAACGUAAAAGUAGUGAAAAUCUUCCUAAUUACAAGUGAGCACUCAUAGUCUUUUUUCCCACUGACUGUUUACAUUAACUCGUUAUUAGUGAAGUAGGAUUACAUGUAACUUGAAGACUAAAUCAAUAUUUGUUCAAAUUCAUUAAGGGGAAUAAAUGUAUGAAAUCAAUAUUUCAUUCAAAUGAAGUCUUACUAACUGCAUAUUUGCUGAAUCUUAUUGAUUUACUAUCGAUCGAAAAUGCAAGUUAAGCAAAUACUGUCAUACUGUUAUUAAGAAGUAGUGGUGGCUAACAGUGGAAUUCAAAAUGCUCAUUUCAUUCAAAUCUGGAACAGUUGCACAGCUAAACCAUUGAAUACUAAGCUACUGGGAUAUAAGAUCCACCCUUAAAACUAACAAGACACCUAUCGCAGCAGCCCAUAUACAAGUUCCCAUAAGAAAUAAAUUUUUCAUUACACUUUUCCCCUUCAUAUUUUCCGUUAUUUUCACCAAACACGUCUUAAGUAAUCCGCUGGGGAAAAGAAAAAGACUAUGUAUGACUCAUUUACUUGAAUAAUAAAUAAAGACAGAUGUAUAGAAUAAUUAGAUUUCCUUUGUGUUGUUUAUGAUUAAUUCAAUCCCCUGCUAAGUCUGGAAAAUAUUCCUUUAUUCACGAUAGUUUUUUGAUUGGCAGAGCAAAAGAAGGGAUCGUGCCCAUUUCUCCCCUCUCUUUUCAUACCUCUAUCCUUAUUAUAAUUAAUUAAAAGGAGGAAAAUUCUUCCCCCAUAUUUUUGUACCAUAUGGCGGGAUUCCUUUUUAUCUUUACUCCCCCUUCCCGUGUUUAUUCCAUCUGGUCUUUAUGCAUUUUUCUUAAUUAAAAGGUCUGUUUGUUCUCACUCAGUUCACGCACGUGUAUUAGAUCAAAUAUAGACACAUAUUGAAUUAGAGACAGACAAAGAUAACUUCCUAAUAUAAUAUACACACACACGCCUUUGUAUUCUAACAAUGUUUCCCCUGAUGACUUCCACGUGCUUUAACUGACAUGUGGGAUAAUAGCUGAAUAGAUGUUAUGUCUUCACAAUAAUAAUAAAGAAAAUGCUUAUCCUUAUGUAAUUAUAAGCAUACUUGAAAUAAGAAUUACCCGAGCAACUCACAGCAAGCUUUAAAUUGUCUUCCUGUGUAUGAUUUAGUUCACUUCUCUCCCAUAUGUUUGUAAUUACACAUGAGCUCUAAGUAAUCUCCAUUGUUCACUUAAUAAGCUGAUACUAUUUACCCAGAAAUAGGCCUUCUAGAGAGUUUCAGCAAUACAUCCAUAUGUUUUUUUACCCACAAAACUCGAAUAUGAUUUUCACUGUUCCCCUAGUGUUGGUUUGUUUCCUAUUUAGUCACAAAACAAUAUCAGGUAUCUCCUAACUUCGGAAUCAUCACCAGUAGGCAGCUAUAACCUCACCACGGUCGACCACACGACUUACGAGUUACAAGCCCAGCGUGUUACCAGCGGUAUAUUGUAUAUUGACAAAAGUUAUAGUUCAGAAGCCAUGGUAACUUGACUGCCGCCUAACAUGACGUUUCGCUGCUGGUCAUUUAACCGAAUUUAGUUGGUAAAGAAAUCAACCUUGUUACGCUAAUAAAAUUUUCCAAACUGAAAAGUAAGAUUCGAAUAACAUCGUUACUUGGAGAACGGGAAUGAAAGUACACUAAUCGUGACAGAAUAUCGCUACAAAGAAAUCCAGUCACUUUAAGCUUACAGUAUCAUUAAAUAGUGUGGAUUGACUUAUGUUAAUCAAAUCACUAUUCAUUUUAAUAUUUAGUUUGUCUUAUUUGUUGUCAGUAUACCACCUUGUCCAAAUGGUAAGCUGAUUUAAUCAUCACUGUUCUAGUUAAUUUGUUACUAAGACACAAUACAACAUUCUAUAAUUAAUAAAUUCUACUCAGAGUUUCGUGUGUUGCCAACAUUAAAUUCAGUCAUAAUUAUAGGUUGGUUUUCAAUCUAAACUUGGAAACUAAACGCUAUUCCAGUCUGAAAAUAUUUUUGUUUAAACAUGUUUACUUUAACUAUUUAUUAGUUAACCAAAUAAUAAAAUACAAUAAACAAAGCAUGUUUUCUACUUGUUUAUUUGUUUAUAUCUGCAGUCCUGAUAGUUGACUGCUUUAUGAAAUGAAAUUCACUCAACCUAGUAACCUAGAUGAGUCACCUUAGUGACUAAGAUUAUCAAUAUAAACAUAUGCAUGUUGUAUACAGAGGGAGGUGACAGGUCAAAGUGAAUUUUUUUUCCGGUCAAGGUCAUCGGUAUUUUAUGCUAUGUGAAGCUUAUGUAUUUACUGUAUUUUUGUACAGAACUUUACUGCUUCACUUGGGUAAGGGCAUACAGUGGAUGAGUCACAAAUAAGAAAAAAUGAGCGUCUCCACUGUUAGCCAACAUCAGUCAAAUGCAUAGCUCUUUGUCACGGUUACUCUCAACUGUCUCGAAAUAGUUUGUAUACUUAAGUAAUUAUUCCAGCUGUAUCUGACUAGUGCAGACAUUUACUUAGUACAUCGUUUUAGGCGACGAACUGACGAUUGGAAAUGUGACAUUACUAUUCCAUCGGUGGAACUGUAGUCCAUCGGAUAAACUACUCCAUUUCUAAGUGGAUAGUAUCCUUAGCACUCAAACAGUAAGUGUUUGCAUAUUUCAAGAAGUGUUCAUUUUUCAAAAAACUAUACGGUAUAUACUAAAUCUAUGUUAAUUUAUACCAAUCAACUCGUUAUAUUUUCUCUUAUUUUUCAUUAUUUUAGAAGAUCAAUAAUACUAAGGAAU